AUGGAACAACCAGCGUCUUGUCGACGCGAGAUUCACAACUCUCAAUUUGGCGACAAUGCCACUGUCGAUCAAGGCAACCACACUUACAACAUACAUAUACCACGACGGUCAGCUGGAUCCGCCAUCCGCAAUAUUCCUUAUCCACUCAAUGAGGAUCUUGUCAAUCGCCCAGAUCUCAUGGAAAAGCUCAAUGAGCUCCUACCGCAGGAGUCACACACAUACUGCAGUGCGGCUCUCUGGGGUCUCGGCGGAUCAGGGAAAACACAAAUUGCCCUCAAUUAUGCGUAUCAACGGUGCGAUAAAAGAAACUGUUCCGUCUUUUGGGUGCAUGCCGACAACGAGGCAACUUUUUCGCAAGAUUACAAAACAAUAGCCCAAGCAUUCGACAUCGAUCAGCAACUCAAAGAUGGAGAUCUAUUCGCGGCUGUACGCGAUCAAAUAGCGGCGCAGCCAAAUUGGGUGCUUGUUCUCGACAAUGCCGACGACCUACGGCUAUUUGGUGUUGAUCAAGCACCAGAGCAGACAAAGAGUUUAUUUCAAUACAUCCCUCGGGCGUCCAUCGGGACAGUGUUAUGGACCUCUCGCGACGCUCAUAUUGCGGGGACGCUUGUGGGUUCAGCGCGAAGCAUUGAGGUUGCCCAAAUGAAAUCCGAUGAAGCAGAAACUCUUUUGAAAACAGCAAGGAACUUGGAGGUGGGAAGAGAAGAAGUGGAAACUAUUGCCUUGCUAGAACAACUCCAGUGGCUUCCGUUGGCCAUUAUGCAAGCCGGGUCGUAUAUGAGACGGACGUCGACAUCACCCAAAGAGUAUUUAUCUCUUCUAGCGCAAAGCAAAAGAAGAUGGGACAUUCUCAAAGCAAAUGAGUUCGAUAGGCAUCGGAGACCUGAUGUUCCUAACAACGUCCUUGAGACAUGGAGCAUCUCAAUUGACCGCCUCAGACAAGAAAGCGAGAUUGCGUAUAAUAUUCUCCACGUCAUCGCAUAUGUUGCCAAUCAGAAUAUUUCACACGACAUUAUAACAACUACACUCAAGCACAGCGCUAUUCAGCUAGAGAAGUUGGAUGCUGAGGCUACCAAGGCGGUCACACGGCUGAAAGAGUUUUCCUUUCUUGGUAUGCACCAAAUGGAAGAUGGCAGUCGGAAUUACGAGAUGCACAAACUGGUUCAGGAGGCUACACGAUAUGGCCUAAGCGUGUGGGAAGCCAGCAUUCUCGAUAAGGCUACCUUGGGGAAUGAAGGCGAGCGAUAUUUUUCUGGUAUAGCUGUGCAAGUCAUAGAUGAUCUUUUCCCAGAUUCGAAACCGGAAACUUGGACGCAAUGUGAGAAAUAUUUAGCACAUGCCGUUCAAAUAGGAGACUGGGCGGAUUUGAACGAAAAACAAACCGAGAGGCACCAUCUCUACAAAAGAGUGUUCUUUUUUCUUAACGAUCGUGGGCGUUGGAGGGAGAGUGAAGUUGUCAGUAACAGGGGCUUAGAAAUUGACCGAAAAAGGUGGGGAGAAAAGCACCCAGAUACAAUAUUUAGUAUGGGAGACGUUGCGUUAUCAUACCAGUUACAAGGCCGGCACAAAGAGGCGGAGGCUCUUCGAGUUCAAAUCGUCGAUCUUCAACGACAAGUUCUUGGAGACGAGCAUCCGGACACGAUUUCUAGCAUGAAAUACCUUGCAAUGACAUACAAUGAUCUAGGCCGGCAUAGCGAGGCAGAGGCUCUUGCAGUUCAAGUCUUCGAUCUUCGACGAAAAGCUCUUGGAGACGAGCAUCCGGACACAAUUGAUAGCAUGGAAGACCUUGCAACAACCUAUCAUGAACAAGGUCGGCAUAACGAGGCAGAGGCUCUUCGAGUUCAAACACUAGAUCUUCGACGAAAAAUCCUCGGAGACGAGCAUCCGGACACAAUCGAUAGCAUGAAACACCUUGCAACAACCUAUCAUGAACAAGGUCGGCAUAACGAGGCAGAGGCUCUUCGAGUUCAAACACUAGAUCUUCGACGAAAAAUCCUCGGAGACAAACAUUUAGACACGAUUCGGAGCAUGAAAGACCUGGCCAUAACAUAUUGUGAACGAGGUCGGUAUAACGAGGCAGAGGCUCUUACAUUUCAAGCACUGGAUCUUCAACAGGAAAUUCUAGGAGAUAAACAUCCAGAUGCAAUAGACAGCAUAGGAAAUCUUGCAUAUAUAUAUAAGCGACAGGGCCGGUAUGAGGAGACAGAGACUCUUAGCGUUCGAAUACUUGACCUAAGACGGGAUAUUCUAGGAAAACACCACCCGGAUACUAUUAGAGCCAUGAAAUUCCUUGCUCACAUAUGGAAGAUCCAGGGCCGCCUGGUUGAUGCGCUUGCGCUAAUGGUAGAGUGUGCGGAACAUGAGCUCUCUGUAUUGGGGCGAAAUCAUCCAGAUACAGUCUUUUCGUUCUCAGCUCUCAAAUAUUGGGCAUACGGGGAUUAUACUCCAGAGUCAAAGGGAGCUGACAGCCAAGCUGAGCAAAGGGAGGGAGACUCUCAGAAAGUGCAACUCAACAGAACCCUUCCCGAGGAUUGGACCGGUACAAGUUCGCCCACUCUCCAGCAACAACCGCAGAGCUCCGGCACAGGCAGCUCUAGUGGCGCCGUUGCUAUUAAUGCCGCCCUCGACGGUAGUAGCUAUACGGCUAUGAUGCAUACAGGUUCUACUUCUACCCUGCCCAGCCCCGGCGAGCUUCCCUCGGGGUGGGAGCAACGCUGGACCCACGAAGGACGAGCCUACUUCGUCGACCACAACACGCGGACCACGUCGUGGGUUGACCCUCGCCAGCAACAGCAACGACAGCAAGGCUCCGGCGAGCUCCCCCCAAGCCGGGAUCAGCGCCGGAGCCCCGAAGGACAAACCCCCUUGGUCGAUCACAGCAAGCAAACCACGAUGUUGGUCGAACCACGCGGGGAGCAGUCCAUUCAGCUCGACACCGGGGGGUUUGAGCUAAAAGAAUUCGGCCAAGAAAAUGUCCCGCCCUACGCCAUCUUGUCGCACACCUGGGGCGAAGAAGAAGUCACCUUUCAGGACAUGACUCUUGGUCGCUUCGCCAACAAGAAAGGCUACGACAAAAUCAGAGGCUGCUGCGUCCUGGCAAGGGCAAACGGAUACGACUAUGCCUGGGUGGACACGUGUUGCAUCGACAAGACAAGCAGCGCUGAGCUGUCCGAGGCCAUCAACUCCAUGUACCAGUGGUACGCUGAAGCCGACGUCUGCUAUGGCUUUCUCGCAGACGUGCCGUCACAGGUUGAUUUUUCGGAGAGCAGGUGGUUUACCAGAGGGUGGACGCUUCAAGAGCUGAUUGCGCCAGAGACGAUGAUCUUCUUAGACGACGCAUGGAACGAGUUGGGCACUAGAGAAAGCCUGAAACAAGAAAUUUCCAAGCGUACCGGCAUACCGAUGAGCGUUCUCUCGGGUUCCAGUCUCGGGAGUGUAAGUGUCGCUCAGAAAAUGUCAUGGGCCGCCUCGAGGCAAACAUCACGGUCAGAAGACCGAGCCUACUGUCUCAUGGGCAUAUUCGGCAUCAACAUGCCGUUGUUGUAUGGCGAGGGGGACAGGGCCUUUAUGAGACUCCAAGAGGAGAUUAUGAAGGUGACGGACGACGACAGCAUUUUCGCCUGGAGAUCCAAAACCCAGCACCACUCGUCGCUAUUGGCAACAUCUCCAGAUGCGUUUGAGCAUUCCGGCAACGUUGUCCGCAGGCGCACUGGCUGGCUUCCAGACAGUAGAUCUUGGACAGUCAGUAACAAGGGUAUCCGCCUAGAGCUAUCUUAUAUGGGAGUAGGACAUCAAGGAUUGGGGCUCGCCAUCCUGCAUUGUGCAGAACGCAAUAGAAAGAGACACGACUUUAUUGCGAUAUACCUCAAAGACGUAUCCCUUACCAUGGAGAACUUUGAGAGAGUCUGGUGCGAACGGUACGAGUUGUUUGAUCCCAUGCCCUUUCGACCAAGUCAACGCCCUCAAAGAUGGAUCAACGUCCGGCAGCAUCGUCCAGUAACAACGCGAAUGCGAAAUCUCAGCCGUAUAGGAAGCGCAAGUAUUGCAGCGCAAGGGCAACCCCAACCGAACCCUCGUGAUGAUCCUGAUUGGGGUCUGUUCGACGCGACGAUCAAUUUUAUCAAUGGCUCGUCAGCACCGCCGCCAGUGAAUUGGAACACCGGAGAACAGCCUUCGCUCCUCGACAUGGCAAAAGCAGGGCGUGUAUUGGAGACGCAAUGGCUACUUGCGGAGCGCUCCACCAAGCCCGAUCAGAAGGAUAGGAGUGGACGAACAGCUCUGUCACAUGCAGCGGCUAACGGGCAUGCGAAAAUCGUAUGGUCGCUCUUGAUGCGGCGUGAUGUCAAGCCAGAUGAAAAGGAUUCAGGCGGACGAACGCCUCUGUCUCAUGCAGCCAAAGAGGGCCAUGCCGAGGUUGUCUGGCUUCUGCUGACUCGAGGCGAUAUCGACAUCCACUCAAAGGAUAGUAAAGGGCAGACACCGCUGUUCCAUGCAGCGGCAAACGGGCGCAAAACCAUCAUAUCAAUGCUGCUGGCCCGUGGGGAGUCGCAGCAUCAUUUGCGAGACGAUUCCGGGAGGACGCCGCUCUCGUAUGCGUCCGAGGGGGGACACGAAGCCGCUGUCGAGAUGUUCCUCGACCGAAGCGACAUGGACGCAGAUGCAAGAGACGACGAAGGACUAACGCCUCUCGCCUAUGCCGCCUUUAACGGACACUAUUCGGUCACCAUCAUGUUGAUUGAGCAGGGAGCCGACAUCGACUCACAGGAUAAUCGUCGCCAGACACCACUAUGGUUGGCAAUUCAAAAGGGCCACGAGAGAAUUGUCGAUUUGCUUCUCAACAAUGGAGCUAAUAUGGAGAUUAAGGGCUACGAUGGCUGCACGCCGCUUUUAUCUGCAGUUUGUGUAGGACGGGAGGACAUUAUGCAGCUGCUCAUCGACAAGGGCGCUGAUUUGGAUACGACGAAUGAUUAUGGCGAAACACCGCUGAUUAGGGCCAUCAGGGAUGAACAUACAGCUAUGGCCAAGAUACUGAUUGAGAAGGGUGCAGAAGUCGAUGUUAAGGACAAGUAUCACACGACUGCGCUGCAGUAUGCAUCUGAGAAGGGAUAUCACGAUAUUGUUCAACUGCUUGGUCACAACGGCACUUGA